UUCUGCCGCACCCGAUAAGGACCCGCCCAGCCCGGUGACGUCAUUUAGGCCUCGCCCAAUCAGCUACCGCUUCCAGUCGUGUCUCUGUGACAGGACCCAUCGUUCUUUGACGGUUUUGAGGUGUUCGCUUCCCGCUCGGCGCUCGUCAUGUCGUCCACAGGUCCCGGAGAUGUUGCGGGCAGUAACCGGCGCCUCCAGCAGACGCAAGCUCAGGUCAAUGAGGUGGUUGACAUUAUGAGAGUCAAUGUGGACAAAGUCCUGGAGAGAGACCAGAAACUAUCUGACUUGGAUGACCGAGCAGACGCUCUGCAGGCCGGGGCUUCACAGUUCGAGACCAGCGCGGCCAAGCUAAAGAGGAAGUACUGGUGGAAGAACUGCAAGAUGUGGGCGAUAUUAAUUGCAGUCAUCGUGAUCAUCAUCAUCAUUAUCAUCGUGUGGAACGUGUCCUGAGUUCCCCAGCGCUUCUAGAUGUCGGCCGAAGUCGACCUAUAUGGCGAUGAUCCCGGAUCCAAUCUGCUGUAACCAAAAGUUUAUAUUCUGAUCUACAAGUUUUUUUUUUUUUUUCUGUUUUUUGUCUUGUUUUUGUUUUUCGUCAAAGCUAAGUGCCUUUAUUGAGAUUGUUGUACACUCCGUAUUUUAAACGCUAUUGAGGACGUUCUGCACAUUUGCACGGUCUUAACACAACUUUGUUCAGGUUGACUCCUUGUCUGAUGAUUGUGUAUAUAUCGGUUUUCUUUAUAAUGCACUCGAUGUGUUAUCACAAAGUCUUCUGGGAUUCUUCUUCACAUUAUGCCAUGACUUUAUGAUGGUAGGGGUCUGUAUUGCUAUGUUCCCCACCAUGUGCCCCCCCCCCCCCUCCCUUUACUCUCUGGAUCAGUGGGGCUCCCACAGGUCACACCCCCAGCGUAAAGAGAUGACCUUUUUUAGGAAUGUGAUCAACCUGGUAACGUGAACUAAAACCUCUCCUGACCUGUUUGUUUGUUUUUAGUUUAUACUAGAAUUCCUGUAAAAUGACAAUUCUGGAGCAAUUUUUUUCUUAAAACUGUACUUUCUGAAGUCCCUCUGUUAUUCCUCCUGGAAAUUUAUGGGGGUUUACCAUUCCAUAUGUCAAAAAAGGUGGAAGCUACACACUGAUUCUGCCAGCACUGACUGGACACG